AUGUCGAAUUCGAGCACCACGGAUGUGAUGUCCGUUUCGGAUGAAGAAGAGACUCUCUCUCUUCUGAAAGGAGCCAAAAGUGAGCUGAUUCUUCAGCAACAACGGUUCUCCCAACGCUUGUUGUUUUUUACGCUGCUCGUUGUUCUGGGGAUCUCUGUGUUUUGCAAUGUGGUACUUAUUUCAGAGCAGUAUAAGCGCUGGAAUUUGGAUAAGAUUUGCAGCGUAUAUACCUCUCAGUAUUCAUCGCCUCUUUUGAAAGACAUUGAUAUAUCGUAUGAAACUGUUCACUUCAACGGUUCUUUUACCAAGAAGACGAUUUACCGACAACGACCAUCACCGGAGGUAGACCAGGCUUGGUAUGACCUUGGUGUACAUUAUGGUUCCAUCGUCAUUCCAGAAAAUGAGGCAGAACGCUACGGUAUUCGCAAAGACCAGGUAAAAAGAAGAAAAGAUCAGGGUGGUGGCUUUUUCGCCAAUGUCGAAAUAUUUCAUCAUCUCCAUUGCCUGAAUUUGCUCCGGCAAGCCUCUCAUUUCAAUUUUGAAUAUUACUCUCGAGAAGGGAAAGGCGCCUUUCAAGAUCCAGAGAACAUUCUUGAAACGCACAUCAGCCAUUGUGUUGACAUCAUCCGCCAGCAGCUUAUGUGUACCGCCGAUAUAGGGGUUUUCGGACAAUGGUGGAUCGAAGGGACUGGGCCUUUUAUCGAUUUCAAUACUGCACAUAAAUGCCGGAAUUUUGAGGACAUCAGGAAGUGGGCAGAGAAGCGCCAACAUGAAUAUUUUAACACAGACAAACCUCAGAAGAUGCCUGGAGAUAUAGUGCUUUCUGAAAUACCCUGA